AUGCGUCCUCCCGGCCGCCAGGGGGCGCCGAGCGCGUCCUCAGUGGUUUCCCAGCGCCUGACCCUAGGCGUGCGCACGCUCCGGGCGCACAGAGGUCACUCGCGCCGGCGGCUCCCCACGUGCGCGGAGAGUCCGGGGCUGCAGGAUGUAGAGAUGGGGGCUCGCGUGAGCCGCGCCUUCAGGAACUUCAACCUGGAGAACCGAGCCGAGCGGGAGAUCAGCAAGAUGAAGCCCUCCACGGCUCCCAAGCACCCUUCCACCCGCGACCUCCUGCACGAGCAGCUGAGUCAGCAUCCAGAAAUCAAAGAAGAAGUUUCUAGGAAAGAUAACAAGCUGUUGUCAUUACUAAAAGAUGUGUAUGUCGACUCCAAAGAUCCGGUGACGUCCUUGCCGGUAAAAGAUGCCAAAGUGCGGACGCAAGAACCAAAGGAGUUCAGAUUGCCGAUAGGACAGCAGUUGGAUAAGAAUGUCAUGGACAUCCCCAAAGGCAAAGUUUCUGUUGUAGAAGCGUUGACACUUCUCCAUAACCAUAAACUUUCUCCAGAAACAUGGACUGCCGAGAAAAUUGCCCAAGAGUACCAUUUAGAACUGAAAGAUGUAAAUUCCGUUCUCAAAUAUUUUGUUACUUUUGAAGUCAAAAUCUUUCCUCCGGAAGACAGGAAAGCAAUACCAUCAAAAUGA